AUGGGCAACGAUCCUGAGGGAAGUAGCUACACUGGGUCGGUGCCGUCCUCAACCGGCGAGGGGGAGAGCAUACGUGAGGUCGAAGAUGACAGCCCAGUUGAAGAGGUCGGGGCGAUGGGAGCGAUGGAAGAGAGUGGGUUACUUUCUCCGGAAAGACGCAGUGGAGGUCCCAAGGGGGCUGGAAGCAAGAGGUGGCAGGGGCAAUCCGACACCGUUGGGUUGGGGUUACGAGAGCGAGAGAGGAAGAACACGGAUAGAGGGGUGGUGGGCGGGAGUACAGAUACGAACGGUGAGCUUAGUUAUGAUGUUUUCAGUGGCUCUGACGAAGAGGAGAUCGGGGAUAACCCCAUUAAUAACUCACCGUAAGUUGACUUUUUCUGUCCGGCUUUUCACGUUCCGGUUCUUCGACUGCCGCUGCGUUGUGAUCCCUGUUUGUGGAUUCAACUCUAACUUGUUUCUGAUAUUCAGUUAUCCUGAAGUAAGAGCUUCGGUAUCGGCGAAAGACGACCCAGAUGUUUUGAUAAAUACUCCUAGAAUGUGGACAUUGGCCAUGUUCUUCUCGUUGGUUGGUUCUGCGACAAAUUUGUUCUUUUCCCUUAGGUAUCCCUCGGUGUCGAUUACUCCGGUGAUCGCUCUUCUUCUAGCGCAUCCGUUGGGAAAGCUCUGGGACCACGUUUUUCCUGAGGACAACACGACUGGAGUCGUUAAUCCGAAGAAGGGGAGAUGGGAGAGGUUAAAGGCGUGGCUCGGCCAAGGUCGGUGGAACCAAAAGGAGCAUAGUUGUGUCUAUAUCUCCAGCAAUGUCUCGUUUGGUUUCGCUUUCGCUACCGAUGUAAGUAUCUUGUGAAUAGUUUGUGCGUGAAGGAACUAAAGAUCCUUAGGUUAUUGUGGAACAAACACACUUCUACCAUCAAAACCCAGGAGUCACAUACCAGAUACUCCUCACUUUGUCCACGCAGAUUCUGGGCUAUACUUUUGCAGGCCUGACAAGACAGUGGCUUGUAUAUCCUAGCGCAAUGAUCUGGCCUGGAACCCUCAUGUCCACGGCCAUGUUUACAACUCUCCAUGGUGAAGAAAACGAGGUUGUGAAUGGAUGGAGGGUAUCACGGUUUAAGUUUUUCGUCCGUCUCCAUAUCAGAUGAUCUGAUUAUUUCAAUCUCAACUGACGAUGGCAUUCGUGAUUAGCUUAUCGUAUUCAUCGGAGGUUUCCUCUGGUACUUUUUGCCCGGCCUCCUGAUGCCGGCACUGAGCUAUUUCAACGUUGUCACUUGGUUUGCGCCAGACAAUGUUCCAGUCGCCAAUUUGGUAUUGUUUCCCUAUCCUCCCCCGCUCCGGAUGCUUAGAUGAGCACAUAAACAAAGCCUUUGUGACGGUAUGAACCCUAAUCUAAAACUUAUGCGUGCUCCAGUUUGGCGUAGCCUCAGGCUUGGGAAUGCUCCCUCUGACCUUCGAUUGGGCGCAAAUAUCCUAUGUCGGGUCGCCGCUGAUGACGCCUUUCUGGGCUGCAGUAAAUGUAGUCGCAGGUUUGGUCGUGGUCAUGUGGAUAGUGGCUCCAAUCUUAUGUUUGCACCCCCCUUCACCCCCACUUUUUCACCAUUUUUUCCCCCUCCAACACCCCCGCACGGGCAGCGGUUAAUGUAUGUAUGUGCCUUACCAACCGAAUUAUUCAGAUUAUGGGAACGCAUUUUACAGUUCCUAUAUGCCGAUUCUUUCCAGUGCCGUCUUUGAUAAUACCGGACGUCCGUACGAUGUAUCUCAAAUCCUUACGAAGGAUUUCCUGUUUGACGAGAGGGCUUACAAAAAUUAUAGUCGGGUCUUUAUGCCCAUCACGUGAUUUACCCUCCCUUUGCUAUCCCGAAAUUUUAUUCCAGAAGUGGAUGGCGUUAUCAGAUCAUCUGACUGUGAAGUUGCAGCUAUGUCCUUUCCUAUGGAUUACAAUUCGCAGCGUUAACCGCGCUUGUUACUCAUACCGCCUGUUGGCAUGGCAAGGACAUAUGGCGACAAUGGGGCCGUGCCCGGAAGGGGUUCUCGCGUGGGAAAGCCGGGGAAUCUGCCUUGCCAUCGGCAUCCGGCGCCGGGUACGUUCCCAUCUCAAACGGGAAUGCGGGCGGAAGCGGUGUGGGUAGCGCAAGAAGGAGGGGGGGGCAUGGCAGACGUCGCAGUACCCUCAGCGACAGAGAAUGGGACGAACUCGCCCAGCGCGAGGACGUACAUAUGCGGCUUAUGCGCCGGUAUCGAGAAGCUCCGGCGAGUUGGUAUUUGGCCACUUUUGUCGUAAUGAUUGCAGUAGGAGUAUUCGUUGUAGAAUAGUUCGCUCCACCCCAUUCCUUCACCCCCGUUUCCCAAAAUCUAACAAAAAAUCCCAGCUACCCCGUCCACCUCCCAUGGUACGGUCUCCUCCUUGCUCUCGGCGUCUGCGGCAUCUUCUUUGUCCCCAUUGGCAUAGUAAUGGCCAUAACAAACCAGCAAUCCAGCAUCUUCCUAAUUUGCCAGUUAAUCUGCGGAACCCUCUUCCCGGGGCGCCCGGUCGCGAACAUGGUCUUCGUGACGUACGGUUAUAUAACUUCCGUCCAGGGCCUAAAGUUCACAGCGGACCUGAAGCUAGGUCACUAUAUGAAGAUUCCCCCGCGCCUGCUUUUCUCGGUGCAGAUGGCUGCGACGUGUGUCUCGUCGUUCACUCAGAUUGGCGUGCUAAACUGGAUGUUUGCCUACAUCCCGGGCUUAUGCACGCCCCAGGCGAUGAACGGCUUUACCUGUCCCAUUGCUAGAGUGCAUUUCAACGGGAGUAUACUGUGGGGUGUAGUCGGACCCGGGCGCUUCUUUGGCAGGGAUGAGUUGUACAGGUCGCUCAUGUGGGCUUUCGUCGUGGGUGCUUUGGCCCCCAUCUUUUUGUUCACGGUGUAUAAAUAUGCUGGCAAGGGCGGGAAUUGUAGGAGGACAAAGGUGGCGUGGUUGAGGAAGGUUAGCUUGCCCGUUGUGUUUGGGAGUUUGAGCUGGAUCCCCCCUGCGGUUCGUUUCCCCCCUCUCCCCCUCCCAUCCUUUUGUGAUGAGGUGCUGACUGGGAUACGUACGGUGCUACAGACCGGGUUGAAUUUCUCGACUUGGGCUAUUGUUUGUUUCGCUUUUAAUCACUACCUCCUCCGACGGGCGCCCGCUUGGUGGGGGAAGUAUACUAUGACUUUAUCCGCUGCGCUAGACGCGAGUCUUGCCGUGGGCUUGGUGGUUGUGUUCUUUGGCUUUGUUUACCCCGGUUGGAUGAAGGGAUUUAGCUGGUGGGGGACUGAAGUAUACAAGCGCGGGUGCGACUGGAAGGCAUGCGCUUAUCUCCAGGUGCCCGAGGGGGAAGUAUUCGGACCCGGGAGGUGGUGAUUAUUUUCUUUUUUGCUGUCAGUUUUGUCUGUACACUACAUGCGCACUUCUCGAGGGGAGAAAGGGAAGAACAGGUGUUCACGGGAUGGAAAGUGUCGGUCGAGUUAGCCCUCGUUUGUUAGAGCAUAGAUUCCAUAGUGGCAUAACAUUUUGUAUCAUAAUAUUAUCAUAAAUUUAUAUUCCUUUCCUUCAUUUCUCGGUGCUCGCCCCACUUCUCCCCCUUCGCUAAUACUCUCCCGUACCCCGCAUCACCCUCAUAUAAACAUUCGACCCACCACCCCCAAUCCCCGUUCCCGGUCCAGCAUCCACAGGACUAACACUAUCAGCCUGCUCGUCAUUCGCAAUUCUACCCGAGAGCAUUUCAUGCCGCCCCCUCUCGAUGCCCCCCACGUCACAUGCUUGUCUUUCUACGGCGUGAAUUCCACUCACUAAGUCUUUGAUCUUUUUCCCAAUUGAUGUGCUAGGGUUGGUACCAGCUCACGAGGGUGAGAAGAGGCGGUGGAAGAUAUUUCGGGUAUUAUUAUAGGUUCUUGGGGUAUGAUGUUGGGUAAAGUGCUUGUAGUAGAAAUGAGUAUUAUGGAUUUGUUUGAUGUGGUAACUAUUCGGUAGAGAACAGGAGUGGGUUUUCCCGCACUCCACAAUCAGAUACUAGGCUCCGGGGAAAGCACAUCUUUAUCGGGAUUGCGGGCGGUUCUCAUCAUCGUGACAUCUGACAUCAUUGUCGGCCUUCUUGGCGGGUAUUCUACAGGUUGCGAGUG